AUGGCGUCAGAACAGGAGGAGGAAACAGAGAUUCUGGAGGAGAUAGACGAAGAGCCGACAGAGGAUGCGGAGGCAGAAGUGGAUGAGGGUCAGGAUGCGGAGGGCAGCGAUGGUGAAUCCGAUGCGGAGCACGAAGAGACCGUGGCGCAGGACGAAGUUCUGGACAAAUAUGCCGUGGUCUACGAUCAGAGCUUGGACAAGGUCCGAUUUCCUCCAGAUAUCGUGGCGGAGAUCAAGCGCACGUGGCAGCUUUUCUGCUCGAAUGCAGGCUCGCCAGAGGCCGCCGGAGAAUUGAUUUUCAAUGCGUGGUGGGCAGCUGCACCCAGCCUCCACUCGUACUUCAAGACUCCACGAACGGUGCUGUACCUGCGCAUCCAGCAGGGCAUCCAGCCGAUCGUCGCGUCUUUGAGCCACCCCACUGAGCUGAAAACGCAGGUUGACAUCAUCUCCUUCCGCCACCUGGAUCGCCCGGUCACGGCCCAGGCCGUGGAGAUCGUCCGCGAUGCCAUGCUCGACAUGUGGGAGGCCGAGCUGGCCUCGGAGUUCACUCCCAAGGCGCGUGCCGGAUGGUUUGCACUCUUGAACUACUGGGGUGGCGCCUACGUUUUCUACCAAAGGGAGUAUGCGGCGCGCAUCCGGAUCAUUCACCGCAGCUGGCGGGAAGCCAACAAGGCCGCAGCGCAGCCGGAGGAUGAAGCCGAGCUCCCGGCUGUAGCCGCAGUGGCGAGCGAGCAGCCCAAAGGGGAGGAUGAAGAAGAAGCAGCGGAGGAGAACCAAGUUGCAGAAGCGCAGAAGCAGGAAGAAGCUGGCAAGGCUUCAAACGAGGUUGCAAAGACGGCCCACGACUCGCAGAUGAAGGUGCCCAACUCCUUCCGCGAGAUGUUUCUGUUUAAUGCUGCCGUGAUGGGGUAUGGCAGCUCGAAGUGGAUGGAGAUGGUCUUGGACCAGUUUGAUGCCAUGGUCCUCAACAUUGCCAACUCAACGCGGCUGCAGGAAGAGUGCGACGUGCUUCUGCUCGUGAUGAGCAAAUACACGGACCAGAUUCUUUUGCCAGACUUCCGCGCGGUGAUGCUGGCAACAUUGAGGUCUCUCGCUCCGAAAGACUGGGACACCGAGCACGAGGUGGCAUGGAAUUGGCUUUGGGAGAACGUCGAGCGAAUCCUCAAGGGACAGCUUGGCAAGCCAAGAAUAUUGGAGAGAGCGCUGACGCAUCUGAUUGCUAGCCUCACGGAGGAGCAGGCCACGACAUUCCGGAAGGAGCUCUACAAGCGCUUCUUCGCGAAUGCCCCUUCGGGCCAAGACUUCUUCAAGCAGUCUACGACACGCCUGUAUUUCUUGGCGGACCGAGUUGUGGAGAUGACUGUAGAGAUGUAUCGCGAGCCCAGGAAGAUGGUGCAGGAAAUCUCCGGGCUUGGGCUUCGACACGUCGGUUGGGGUAUCCCUCCGGAGCUCUUUUCCCCGUACUGCUCGGGCGCAGUGGAUACUAUUCGAGCCCUGACUCCAGAUGAGAACGCGCAAGCCGCCUUUCGUUUCUCGCUGUCGCUCAUUGCGAAGAUCCUAGUCCGGGCUGUCACCGAGGGAUCCACUCUCGUGAUGAGAGCGAUUAACACCAAUCAGGAAGCCGCGCUAAAGAAGGCCAUCGCUAUCGCCCCGCGAGGUAGACGGGCAAUGGAGCUGCUAAACAUUUCUGUGGGCACCCAGUCCAUCUCCCCUCUUUUCUGGUCCAUCGAGAGUGGCAGCUUGAACAGCGCCCGUGCGAUGCUCGUGGACCUCCUCACGAUCCGUGCGGACCGUGAUGUGUACUACUACGGAUGUGAUGCCAUGUUCACGCGGCAUCCAGACCUGAUCUUGCGAUUGUGCAGCGACGCAUCGACGUUGCUGUGGACCUUGUUCGAUGGCCUCGUUUGGCGGUCGAGGCUGGUGCAGAACGGCCAGCGCCGUGUCAACUACUACAUCAAGCACUUGGUCCAAGAUGUGGAGGGCAACUUCAGCCCAGCUCUGAAAUGGCUCGCACACCACAAGGAUCCGCGGCUUGUCAGCCACGGGGUGGUCGUGACCUUCGCAGAUCUUUUGUGGAACCGCCUGGCCUCCUUCCAAUUCCUGCUGGGCAGAGGCUACUUCCUUUUCACGCUGAUCGUCUUCAUCACUAGCCAGUCGCUGUUGAUACCAGGGGAAGAAUCCCUGGGCAAGAACAUCGCCACGUUCGUGUGCCGCUGCUUCCUGUACCUAGGGAGCAUGAGCAAGCUGGUCUUCGAUCACUGCAAGACCUUCUGCGGAGCGCUGAAGGCGGGCGACUACCACUGGUACUGGAUCCUGCCGGUUCCAACCUACUUGCACAGCACCCAGCAGGUGGGCGGCCUACUUCUGGUGCUGCUGCUCAUCCUCAUGUAUGUGCAGGAGCCUGUCCUCUGGUGCAUCGCUUUCGGCGACAAUGGGCCGACCUCCAUCCCUUUGAGCGCAACCUGCGAAGAGGCGAACGACGUGAGGACCACCUACGCAGUGUGCUCCUGCCUUGCCAUGAUGAUGUACUGGGCGCUGCUCAUGGACUUCACGCUUCUCUCCAUGCGCAUUUCAGCCUUUGUGCUGGUGUGUGGGAACGUCCUGGCAGAUGUCGGGCUCUUUUCUUUGGCGCUGUUGUUCCUUAUUCUGGCUUUCGCCACUUCGAUUAGCUCGCUGAAUCAUCGGCUGGCCGAGUUCGAUGGGGUCGGCCCCUGGCUGACGGGCCUAUUGCAGAUGACGCUGGGCAUGUUCCCGCCAGCCAAGUAUGGAGACUUCCGGAGUGAAGUUGCCGUUUUGGUGGCCGUGUCGGUGUUUGUGGCAGUCAUCAGCAUCUUCCUGGUCAACCUCCUGGUAGCUCAGCUGAAUCAGUCCUACCGCGACAUCUUCGAGGACAUGCAGGGCUUCGCUCGCCUGAAUCGAGCCAGUGUGACAUCGGAUAUCAUAGACCAGAUGAGCCGCAAGAAGUGGAGCAAGUUCCUCGGUCACCUCCGUUUCGAGGACCCACUGGAGUUCAACGAGGGAGAUGUCGGCAUGGCCGGCGGCAUCCAGGUGCUAGAGCCUGCAAAUGCCAACAUGGUCACAGAGGACAUCAUCAAAAGAUAUGGUGGCCCCACUGCGCCGUCAACGCCCUGGCCACAGGAGCCCGACGAGCAGAACGAUGAGAGCAAGUUCGCGCGACUCGAGAAGCUGAUCAUCCGGGCCACCAAGAAGACGAAAGACAAGGGGGCCAAGGGCAAGAAGACGCCAAGCGCCUUGGACGCCUCUGACCUCGGGUCUGACCAGGCAUCCGACUUCGCCCGGAGUGGUUCGCAAUGA